CCCAUAAACCGCUAACAUUGACAGUGAGCCCAUACACAUAGGCGUAUGUACGCCAUAAAUUGGGGAGCAAUCGUGGAAACCAUUAAAACAAACAAGACCGCAGCUGCGGGCUCGUCCACUCGAGCGCAGCGCCGGCCCCCGGGCCCGCCCCCCGACCUCGCACAAAAAUCAACAUAAAUAACAAUACACACCCCUAUCUCAAACACUAUGACACCCUCCUUUAGAAAAAAAAGCUUAAAUCACAAAUAACACUCAAGAAAAAUACACUCUACGUCCCUGAGCGCAAACAACAUAAUGCCACAAAAAUAAAAGUGACCAUAGACGAAAAAAAUAAGCACGUUAAGUGAGCAACAAUUGAAAAAUAUUUCGUCUCUUUCGUCCAUUGAAUGGCAUCGGUUAUCCCUCUGCUUUUGGGCGCUUUUAUUAAAUUUAUUGUUAAAGGAAUGUAUAUAAAGUUGUUGAAAUGAAGUAGGGUCUCAGUCUGUGACUUUAGACGCGAGCGAAGACACCCUCUUUUUUAUUUCGUGAUUUUCUUAUUUUUGCAACAAUGUUCGUUCAGCAGAGUUACUCGAGGCUGUUUAGGCCUUGGGAUAUCAGUGAUAAUAAAAUCCCAGCGAAGGAAACAAGCUGUAAUGAAACUACUAAUAUAGAUAUAACUCCGAAAACUAGCAAGAGAAAACUACAAGAAGACAAAAGAGAGAGCCGUCUGCGAAAAAUUCGCGGCACUUUUAAGAAAAGCGAAUCCAAUCUGCAUCAAGAUGCUACAGUAUCUACGACGACGGUUGAAAUCGAUGACGAUAAAACGUCCGCCUUAUCUUCCAUUAGCAAUUCCGGAACGACGGUUGAGUCUCCAGUUGCCAGCCUAAGUCUGUGCUGCGACCGGCUACUACAAGAAGACAAAACUCCUAUCAAGACUGAAAAGAGCCCAGUUGAACCCAAGUCAGUAACGCCGAAACCACACCACCCUUCAAGCUUACCGCAAAACUUGCCGCCGCCGCUGUACGACGCCUUUAUACCGGGCUAUCCGGCGGCAGACAUCGCGCAAGCGUUCGGAGUAGCUCCCACCGACCCUCUUCUUCUCGAAUCCAUAGCACAAGGAUACGCUAUGGAAUUAGAAUACGCUAGAAUUCUCCAGCAAGAAAACGAAGCGAAACUCCUCAACGCGAGAAAACAGCGACCCAAAAAAUACAAGUGCCCUCAUUGCCAAGUAGGUUUCUCUAACAACGGUCAACUAAAGGGGCAUAUAAGGAUUCAUACUGGAGAAAGGCCGUACAAAUGUGACGAGAAGAACUGUGGGAAGACCUUUACGAGGAACGAGGAGUUGACGAGGCAUAAGAGGAUACAUUCCGGAGUCCGCCCGUUCCCUUGCCCGACUUGUGGGAAGAAGUUUGGGCGCCGGGACCAUCUGAAGAAGCACACGAGAACGCACUACCUUCAGGCCGAGAGAAUGAUGCCGGUAUUUGUGCCCCUUUCAGCAGUUCCUCAUGUUGGUGGAUAUCCUUAUUUAUACGGCUACUGAUAGUGCUCUUAAUAUUUUAAAAAUUACCUGCAAUGUUCUGUCUCACUAUCUACUUCAUCAUUAAGCCAUAGUUAAAUUAAUUAUUCGGCCUCCUAAGUACACAAUACCUAAAGUUUUGCAUUUAAACUCAGUAGGGCUAAGAGGGUUGGCUCUUUAUCAUUUGUCACCAUGCCUGUCACGUUCUAACAACUAUGUAAGUGCUAACGUGACGGGCAUAGUGACUAGCGAUAAAAUUGGAACCAUGCUGCCACUGCAGCGCGCGUAGCAAAGAUGCCAAUCGUUAACACUCCGUAGAACUACGCUAACGUGAACGGUAGAACGAAACGCAACUGUCACUGUUGCACUAAUAUGAAAGAGUAAUAAAAAGAGAUGACUAAGCUACACUUCGGAGCGUUAACGAUUACCAUGUUGGCUACGCUGGCAGGCCUACCAUUAAUGUGCUCCAGACUUAGUAAUACUAAGAGCUUCAUUUUUUCAUUAAGUCCUUUCAGUAAUACCGAGAGAGCAGAUAAAAGUAGUCUAC